AUGUCAAUCCUUGCUCGUUGUGUUAAGUCUGUGGGUUGGUUGAGCUAUCAGAAUUCAGACUGUGCUUGCUAUAUACAGAAUAAGCGAGGGUCACAUGACAAUUACACCUUGCUACCUACCUACCAAGGUAGCAAGCAGUGCGGCGCUAUUGUCGUACUUCUCGGCGAUCUGAUCACUAAAUCGGGCACUCGAGUACAGCGUAACGAGGAAAUAGCUAUGAGGCUUGUGAGGCAAUAUACAGACGUUCCACUUCCCGGUGUUAUCUUCUCGGCGUACAAUUCCGAGCAGGGCAAUCUAGGCAUGACAGUUGUUCCAGGUUCUCCCCUUGAGCUCUCAUGGGACCGGCUCGAUGAGCAUACAAAGGAACGUCUCUGCCAUGAAACCUGGGACAUAAUUGAGGAGCUGCGACAGAUCCCACGGCCCGCUGAGCUACGCCACCUCUUCCAAUGCUCUGCUGACGGCUCACCCACUCGCGAUCCGCUCAUUCAAGACUUUCAUAACCCUCCGGCACCUCUUCUCAAUGACGCUGACUUACGAACCCGCAUUGCACAACGCUGUUCUCACUUCGGUGGCCGACAGGAUGCUAAGGAGCUACCUAGCAUGCUUCCUCACUCCGAUGUUUCUGUCUUCACACAUGGUGACAUAGCUCCACGAAAUAUUAUGGUGGACGACGAAACCCAUCAAAUUACUGGCAUUCUCGAUUGGGAAACGGCUGGAUGGUAUCCAGAUUAUUGGGAGUACGCUAAUAUUAUGCGGCCUGGUUGUAAAGAUUGGCAAGCAUGGAUGGACCGUACCGCUCCGCGAAGGUGGGAUCUCAUGGGUAUACAAGCGGCAAGGCGGGUUUUGUUCUAG